CAUGCCCAGGAGGAAGCAGCAAGCGCCCCGGCGCGCAGCAGCAUACGUUUCAGAUGAAAUGAAGGCAGCUGCGAUGGUGGAAGAUGACCUGGAAUCAGACGAGAACGUGGCAGAUGGAGAACCUUCUGCAAAGUACGCUUGUCCCGAAAAGGACUUCAGUAAGAACUGCCAGAGCUAUCAAAACUCCCCAGCGGCCGAAUUUUCCAGCCACGAAAUGGACAGCGAGUCGCACAUCAGCGAGACCAGCGACCGAAUGGCUGACUUCGAGAGCGGCUCCAUCAAAAAUGAGGAGGAGAGCAAAGAGGUUUCCAUUCAGCUGGAGGAGUCCGUGGUCUCGGACAGCUUGGAGCAGAUGAAAGCGGUCUACAACAACUUCCUCUCCAACUCAUACUGGUCCAAUCUCAACUUGAAUCUCCACCAGCCGACCUCUGAAAAAAACAACGGGAGUAGCAGCAGCAGCAGCAGUAGCAGCAGCAGCUGUGGCAGCGGAAGCUUCGACUGGCACCAGACAGCCAUGGCGAAAACGCUGCAGCAAGUUUCGCAGAACCGAAUCCUCCCUGAGCCCAGCCUUUUUAGCACAGUUCAGUUGUACAGACAAAGCAGUAAGCUUUAUGGCUCUAUAUUUACCGGAGCCAGUAAAUUCCGCUGUAAAGACUGCAGUGCUGCCUAUGAUACUUUAGUAGAAUUAACAGUGCACAUGAAUGAAACGGGACAUUAUCGGGAUGACAACCAUGAAACGGAUAACAAUAACCCGAAAAGAUGGUCCAAACCUCGUAAACGCUCUUUGCUUGAAAUGGAAGGGAAGGAAGAUGCUCAGAAAGUAUUAAAGUGUAUGUACUGUGGCCAUUCUUUCGAAUCGCUUCAAGACUUGAGUGUUCACAUGAUCAAAACGAAACAUUACCAAAAAGUGCCUCUGAAGGAACCUGUAACCCCUGUAGCAGCAAAAAUAAUUCCAGCCACAAGAAAGAAAACGUCCCUGGAGCUGGAGCUUCCCAGUUCCCCGGAUUCCACCGGUGGGACGCCGAAAGCUACCAUCUCUGAUCCCAAUGAUGCACUUCAAAAGAAUUCCAAUCCAUACAUCACACCAAAUAAUCGUUAUGGACACCAGAAUGGUGCCAGCUAUGCCUGGCAUUUUGAGGCAAGGAAAUCUCAAAUUCUGAAGUGCAUGGAAUGUGGCAGCUCCCAUGAUACUUUGCAGGAACUCACUGCCCACAUGAUGGUGACCGGACAUUUCAUUAAAGUCACCAACUCUGCCAUGAAGAAAGGGAAACCUAUUAUAGAAGCCCCCGUUACACCCACCAUCACAGCUCUGCUGGAUGAAAAAGUACAGUCUGUGCCACUGGCAGCCACUACAUUCACAUCUCCUUCCAACACGCCAUCUAGCAUCUCUCCAAAAUUAAAUGUGGAAGUAAAAAAAGAGGUUGAUAAAGACAGGAUGAUUGCUGAUGACAAGAUGAAAGACAAGGAGAAAUCCAAUGAAGAAGAAGAGAAAUAUGAUAUUUCCUCAAAAUAUCACUAUUUGACUGAAAAUGACUUGGAAGAGAGUCCAAAAGGUGGGCUAGAUAUUUUAAAGUCUUUAGAAAACACAGUCACAUCAGCUAUUAACAAAGCUCAAAAUGGCACACCAAGUUGGGGUGGCUACCCCAGUAUUCACGCUGCCUACCAGCUACCCAACAUGAUGAAGCUGUCCUUAGGCUCGUCAGGGAAAAGUACGUCCUUAAAACCUAUGUUUGCAAAUGCAGAAAUGGUGUCCCCAAACAAAAGCCAGCCUCUCGUUUCCCCACCGAGCAGCCAGACUUCUCCUGUGCCAAAGACUAACUUCCAUGCCAUGGAAGAGCUGGUCAAGAAGGUCACAGAGAAAGUGGCCAAAGUUGAAGAAAAAAUGAAGGAACCCGAAGGAGGGAAACUCUCACCAUUGAAGAGAGCAACGCCUUCACCAUGUAGCAGUGAAGUCAGUGAGCAGUUCAAGAUGGACACCUCAAAUGACAUUAGUUUUAAAAGCCAACAGAAUAGCCCCAUUUCUCAGAGGGAGAGUUGUAAGGACAGCCCAACAGGGGAGCCGGUGGAAAAUGGUAAGGAGCUUGUCAAAGCCAUCUCAAGUUCCUUGAGUAGCAGCACAGCUAUUAUUACUGACCACCCUCCCGAACAACCAUUUGUAAAUCCAUUAAGCGCAUUACAGUCUGUCAUGAAUAUUCACCUUGGGAAGGCAGCAAAGCCCUCUCUCCCAGCUCUGGACCCAAUGAGUAUGCUCUUUAAAAUGAGCAACAGCUUAGCUGAAAAGGCUGCUGUGGCUACCCCACCCCUACAGUCCAAAAAACCAGACCAUUUAGACCGUUAUUUUUAUCAUGUCAACAAUGACCAGCCCAUAGAUUUGACGAAAGGCAAGAGUGACAAAGGCUGCUCUUUGGGUUCAGCGCUUUUGUCAUCCACAUCGGCAUCGUCUGCUUCUUCUUCAUCUACAGUGACAACGGCAAAGACAUCUGCGGUUGUGUCAUUCAUGUCAAACUCACCGCUACGCGAGAAUGCCUUGUCAGAUAUAUCUGAUAUGCUGAAGAACCUGACAGAAAGUCACACAUCAAAAUCUUCCACACCUUCCAGCAUAUCUGAGAAAUCUGACAUUGACGGGACCACGAUAGAAGAACCGGAAGAGGCGACCCCGGCUCAGAAAAGGAAGGGACGGCAAUCUAAUUGGAACCCUCAACAUUUGCUCAUCCUGCAGGCCCAGUUUGCCGCCAGUUUACGGCAGACGUCAGAGGGGAAAUACAUUAUGUCAGACUUGAGCCCUCAGGAGAGAAUGCACAUUUCCAGGUUUACGGGACUCUCCAUGACCACCAUUAGCCACUGGUUGGCCAAUGUGAAAUACCAGCUUCGAAGGACAGGGGGGACAAAGUUCCUUAAAAAUUUGGACACUGGGCAUCCGGUGUUCUUUUGUAACGACUGUGCUUCACAAAUCAGAACUCCUUCAACGUAUAUCAGUCACCUUGAAUCGCAUCUAGGUUUCCGGUUACGAGACUUGUCCAAACUGUCCAGCGAACAGAUUAACAAUCAGAUAGCACAAACAAAGUCACCCUCCGAGAAACUUUUGGCGCCGUCGCCAGAGGAUGAAAUAGGAACUUCUUACCAAUGUAAACUUUGCAAUCGGACUUUUGCGAGCAAACACGCCGUUAAGCUCCAUCUCAGUAAAACGCACGGAAAGUCUCCAGAGGACCAUCUCCUGUACGUCUGUGAAUUAGAGAAGCAGUAGCAUUUGACAAAAAGAAAAAAAAACAAUAACAAC